GUAUGGGAUGGCGAAGUUGUUGAAGAAAACUUUUGGUCUUGGUGCCAAAAAAGCACCCCCACAACCCCCUAAACCCGAUUAUAAUGUAGCUGGUGGUGCAGUGGGUGGUGUAAUAGAAGAUAAUGACGCCUUUAAUCGCGAUGGUGAGCAGGAGACGAAUUCUGGGAGCCCGACAUCGUCGCCUCGAAAUGCACAAGUUCAGUCUUCCUCUCCCACUCCACAAAACAGAAUGGCUCUUGCUGCUGCUGGUCUGCCUGUUCUCAGUCCUCGCAGCUCUUCAAUCGGAGGACAUGGGCCUGGUGCUACAGGUUUUUCAGAGGGCCGAUCAAGAGCACCUAGUUCUAGUGCUGAUGGAAAGCCUGUACUGGAGGACUAUAGUGAGCCAUUUGACGCCAGGAGAAAUGGUAUUCCACUGACACCCAAAUCACCUAACAAUGAUGAAUACACAGAACCAUAUGAUGCACAACAAAUGUUGAAAGAGCUGAACCUUGAGAGUCUGGACAUGGGUAUACAGCUUCCAGAGUUGGAACAGGGUGCUGAAGACUCAGACUCCAGGCUUUAUGAUGACCCGCUUGACUGUGAUUUAGAAGAUGUACAGGGAUUUGAAGAGGUACCUGGCUAUCCAGCUGAUGAUCGACCUUUAGAGGACUAUGAGGAUCCUUGGGAGUGGUCCAUGAAGAAUCGCCUGAUGACGCAGUUGCAGGACAUGGCUAAGAGUGAAUCAGGGCAGUUUUCUCCACCUCCAACAGCUACCUCCACAAGUCCUCUCAGUCUUUCUGGUACUGGUGUCAGUGGUGAAGAUGGAAAUACAACCACGACUUCUGCAUUACCUGGUCUUCGACCGAUUCCUAGAUCUGUAUCUGCCACUGGUUACCCAGGAAAAGGAACACAUGUAGAAAUUGACGUCGGUAGUUAUAUUAGAAAGGACAAGUCAAGUGAAAUGCUGGACGCUAUUGCAAGCAAUUUGAACCGUGAUACAGACAUUGUUAAAACAAAAACUAAGAAUAUUCCAAGUAUUCCUGAUCUUUCAACUUAUGAUGACACUGCAAUGGGCAAUUAUGAAGAGCCAUGGGAUUUACAGGCAAAAACACAAGAACUAGAAGAUAAGAUAAGAAAACGCUUAUCAAAACCUGAGUUUCGUGAAAACUUUGAGGACCAUAAAAAUGUUGAGAGGACUAUUAGCGCUAUUGAAAAAUCACCUAGAGACCGUAAUCAAAGUGGUGAGACAAAGACUAGAGAACGUAGUACCAGUUCUGGGGAUGUUCUAGCAUCAAAACAUCGCGAUAGGAGUGGUGAUUCAAAAUCUCGUGAUAAGAAGCAUCUUGACAAACGACAACAUUCAGUUGAUGGCAGGAUCCAUCUGAAUGAUGGCAUGGAUGGUGCUGUUGGUGGUCAGGAAAAUUACGAGGAGCCUUGGGACUUGAACAAGAGCACAAACAUAUUUGCACAGAUUGCUGGUGCAACAAGUGGAUUGACAAGACAACCUGACAAGAGGGAUCUCCCCUCGCAAUCAUCUCCACAGCCGGCAAUGUCCUCACCGCCACUCCACCACUCAAGUCUUCCUCCGCCGCCUAACCAUGCUCCCCCUCCUCCUCCAGGGAGUGUAGAAGAUGGUGUGGGCUCCUCACCACCAACACAAGCACAUAAUAAAAAGAGAGAUAAGUUGAAUCUGGAUCUGACGAAAGCUGUGAACAAAUUGGGGGAAAGGAUAGACCCAUCACAACCACUUGAAAAACAAGGCUGGUACCAUGGUGCAAUAGGUAGAAUAGACGCUGAGAACUUGCUACGGGUACACAAGGAAGGAAGUUAUCUGGUGAGAAAUAGUGAGAGCAGUAAGCAGGACUUUUCACUCUCGUUAAAGAGUGCUCGAGGCUUCAUGCAUAUGAAGAUAGUAUUCAAAGACAAUGCAUACAUUCUUGGACAAUUUAGCCAACCAUACUCAAGUAUUCCAGAAAUGAUUCAUCACUAUUCCAUCCAUAAACUUCCAAUAAAGGGUGCCGAGCACAUGUCCCUUCUACAUCCUGUUAUGAAUGAACUACUAUAACAGAUGUGUCAUGUAGUCUCAUCAAAGGCCCUCUAUACCGAUAUAGUAGUAGUACUGCCUGUAUCACAGCCAAAACUUUGCUGAACUAACCAGAUAAUGUCAUGGUCUUUGGAUUAUAUAUGGUGCUCUACCAAAUCUUGGUGUGACUUCAUCAAUGUCAGUCAACUCCUACCCUACAAAUCGGAUGUUUGGUGCUGUGACUCUGCUGGCUGAUAUGAUGGCAUUGUGAUGUCACACUGAUGAAUGUCUAUUUUCAUCGACCUGAGCUCAGUGUCUGAAUCAAGCAAAUGAAUUAACUGGUAACGUUCCAAGUUGUGGCUGCAGAGUGAUGUAAGGCUAAUGUAUUACAAAGGAGGCUUCAUGUAAAUAAGCACAACAUUGACAGUUUCCAUGUCUGGGGUCAAAAUUGUAUCCCUCAUAAUUCAUUGUUUUGACCAAAACAAUACCCUAAUGUGCUUUUUUUUCAAUGAUAACAUUGUGAACCUAUCUGAUUUGGAAACUAUCAAAGUUCUGUUAACAACUACAUGUACUUGUAAAAUAGAUGUAAGUAUACUUGUAUGUUAUUUAUAAAAGGUGCUGUCUCUGGUUUAUGAACUGUAUCAUGUAUUAUUGUGACCUGUCUUUAUAGCCUCCCUUCUCUGUACUUGACUGACUCUGAUGAGAGGACGUUAAUCUGAGCUGUCUCUGAUAGUCCUUGUUGUUGAAUGAUGUUUGCUUUACAUGUUAGGCUAUUGGAAGCAUCGAACAUGACAUACAUUUAGUGAUAUCAAGAAGGGCUUGAUACUUGACAUUAGUAUAUAAUUCAAGUAGUUGGCCUCUUAUCUCCACUGGAGAAGUUGACUGCUCCUUACAGGAAUUGUGAUACCUAAGUAAAUAAACUGUAUCUUGUAGUACCAACUUGGAAUAUCUAGGCUGGAGAAAAAAUAGGUGGAACAUAGCGCCGUAGUUUCAUGGGACUAUGAUCCUGUGAGUGGUGUAAGGUUGUCGUGGUGAACUAACUGCAGGAAACAAAUGUAGAGUGAUUUUGUGGUAUUCUUUCAGUGUUUUUAAACAAAGCCCCAAAAAUCUGGGAAAGUUGAAUUCUUGCAAUAUUUUAGAGAACUGCUGUGGAUCAUUACCAAUGAGAUUCAUUUUAAUGCUGGUGAUCCAACGUCUAAUGUCAUGUUCCCGCUACUAGAGUGGUUCUGUUGUGACAUGAGGUCACACGCUGAAUGGGAACAUGACGGCAGUCUGUUGAUCACCCACAUAGGCUCACUGACCUAACUGCUAUUUUAAUUCAGCUGUAUAUCAUUUUUGGUGAUGUUGUAAACUGCCAGCUUGCAUUUAGCUACUUUCCUUGAUGAAUCAAAGCAUUACCGGUAUUACUAUAAAUAGAGUUGCUCUGAUGGCACUUUUUUCCAUUUCUGAAAAAAACUCUGUAGUUUUUGGUCACAGCGUAGUUACAUGUAGUUAAAAGAAUUCAUGGAUUUAAUGAAAUAUAUCCGAAUCAAAUAUACUGCCAUUUAAUUUUCAAUGUAUGUGCAUAUCAUAGAAUAGUAAAUUUGGAAGCAAUCCCAUAAUGAGAAGGCUAGUUCAUGUUAUUGUGUGAUCAGUCUUCUUAUUGUCAGAUGAUAACACUGCCGGUAUCGAUCCAUCGAUGUUAUGUAGCAUAACUGUCUGGAGGAUACAAGGACACUGAUGUUAAUUUGGCAGGAAAGUUUAAGUUUUAAUAGGAUAAUCUAUACUCCUUUUAUGGACAUUGAACUGGCAGAAGUUGGAACAAAAUUUCGAGAUUUAGCAUAUGGUAGCACAUGUAUAUGGAUACAAAAUCUAAUAUUUUGUUCGGCCCAUUUUGUCCCCCUUCUCCUGCCAGUGGUGCUGAUUCAAAGUUGUCAGAGGAGUCCUCUAUGAUAUCAGUUGUUGGAAUUUUUUGCUGGAUAGAGUAAAUAGUCCGAUUGAUGCAAGACAUACUAACUUCCUGCUCCAAAAAUGCCAUUGCAUGGACAGACAAAUACCGGUAAACAUUCAUGGCAUAGUCUCUGUACAAACAAUGUGCCAAUGUAACCUACUGUACACGUACCCGUUGUGAGUGCAGUUUUUAUUUAUCUUGAAAUCUUAUUUUUGUAAUCCUUGUUAUGUAUACUUUUAGUAUUUGGUUCCAAGUGCUGUUUGAAGGAAUAUUGCACGUUUAAGGUUUUUUACGAUCAUUUAUUUAUUUGAUAAUUUUGUUUAUAUAAGUAUGAAUAUUGGUGUAAAGUAGUAUGUGGUAAGACGGUGUGUUCCAGAAAAGUUCCAGUUAUUGCUGAUAUUUAUGCUGACGUAAACAUACAUGUACAUAUGCAUGAUGAUUGGGAUUAUUGCUUAUUCUUUGGUCAAGCGACAUUAUGAAAUGAAUAUUUGUAAUUUUCUUGAUGUUCAGGUUAACACCUCCAGCGGCGUAGAUCUGCGUGGCUCAAACCCCCCCUCUUUGAGCUGGUUAUCGGAAUCUCAUGGACUUCAUGAAAGAACUACGCCAUCGCCAUCUUCAGGGCAAGAUAGGAACUGAAAAGACCGUGAAAAGACCGUUUGGUCUUUUCAGUUCCUUCCGUGCCCUGAAGAUGGCGAUGGCGUAGUUCAUGAAAGAACUACGCCAUCGCCAUCUUCAGGGCAAGGUAGGAGCUGGAAAGGCCUCUUGUCUCUUCAGUUCGUGCCUUGCCCUGAAGAUGGCGAUGGCGUAGUUCUUUCAUACAUUCAUGAAGUCCAAGAGCCUGCCACGUAGGUUCGGCGCUGAAGGUGUUAAAAGUGUUUGUAUAAAUUGUAUACGAGACUUCAAAUCAAGUGACAGAAAUAUCUUCACUUCAAACUCGAUCCCCUUUGGACGUUUUUUUUGGGACACGCUGUUAAUACCAUAUGAUAUCUUCAUUUAUUUCCAGCUUUAAUUCUUAUUUCCGACAUACUACUAGUAAUGUAUAAAUCUCAGAAUUUCUGUUUCAAGCAGAGUAAAUGCACAUGGGGAAACCAAAUUCCAUUUUGGGUGUUGAGUGGGUUACCUGACAGGGGUAAAUCUUUGUUCCAAGCUCCAGCAUGGACAUUCUGGUCAAUUCCUUGCCCUCCUCUGGGUGAUGGGGAGUGCAGAUGAGCUGGGUUCCAAUCACUUCAUCUCUUUGAAUCUCACCUCUGCAGCAUGUGUUUACAUAACAGUAUUGAGAAUCGUUGAAGGUCACCUGAACUUCAGAAGUUUAAGAAAUUGAUACCAAACUGGAGUUGUUGGCUGUCUCACCAAACACUCGAGUGGCGGGCCAAAAUUAGUCAAAUAACAGUGUCACCCAAGUGGUGUUUGGUGUGGCAAACAGUACCGCUGUUGAGGUAUUAGUUUCUAUUCCACCUGAGACUUGAUGCAUUUAAGGCAUAAUCCACCGAGAAACUAUUUUCGACAUACUUUUAUACCACCGCAAGAGGUUAUGGUUGUCUCACUAUUGAAAGCUAUGUGGUCAAAAUGAGGCUAAUAGAGAAUACAUAAUCCAUUAUGAAAAUUAAACAUUGUCACUAAGGUGUUUAGAUUAUAAGACCCGAGGAACAUUAAGGUGAAAUGAUGAUUCGUUGGAUGUGAAAAGUUGUCACUCCUGUUUGACAAGUUUGACAAAAGCACCAUUAACUUAAUGUACCCAGUAUGAAUGUAAAUACUAAGAAGCUCAUUGACUUGUUUGAGCAUGGUGGUACUGUUCACAGCCAACUUCUCAAAUAUGGAUGACAGUUCCUGUUAUUAUUAAUA